AUGGAUGUCUUUUAUAUAUUUUUCAAAUACCUCAUUCAGACCAUCAGAGAAUUAGCAUUAAGGGUGUCUGGAGAUUCUUCCUUCACCAAGAAAUAUGGUCGACUUUUCAACUUAGCUACCUCAAACUUCCAAGAAGAAAUGAUGUGUGUGCUUUUCCAGUUCUUUGAUCCUAUGCAUCAUUGCUUCACCUUUCCCGACUACCAAUUGGUGUCUAUAUUAGAAGACUUCUCUCAAUUUCUAGGAGUUCUUGUGCUUGAUCAAAUACCAUUCGCCGACUUAGAGGAGACUCCAAAGCCUGAAGUCAUUGUCGAAGCCUUGCAUUUGAAGAGAUCUGACAUUAUAACGAAUUGGGAGACAAGAAGUGGAGUUAAGGGUUUCUUAGCCAAGUUUUUGUUGGAGAAGGCUCGUUUAUUUUGGGAGAAUGUGGAUUUUCAAGCUUUUGAAGAUGUCUUGGCCCUUAUAAUCUAUGAUUUGGUUCUAUUUCCCAAUCCGGAUCAACUCAUAGAUGUGAAUUCCAUCAAAGUUUUUCUCUCUCGCAAUCCCGUACCUACCCUGCUUGGAGACAUUCUACAUUGUUUCCACACUCGCACCAUGAAGAAAAGAGGUACUCUUUUGUGUUGCAUUCCCUUACUCUCUAGGUGGUUUAUUGCGCACCUACCUCGAUCAACGUUGAAGAAUGAGCAAGGCUUGACAUGGUCUCAAAGGAUGAUGUCACUCGCACAUUCUGAUAUUUCAUUGGUGUUCUUGAUCCUUGGAGGACAUUACUAUCAUCGACCAUUGUGGGGAAUUCCCUAUUGUCCCUCUGCUUGGCAUUAG